AUGAGUGAGUGUGCCGAUUGUUACUUAAACGCGCGCGUUGAUAGUCUUUUAUUUUUCCUUUUUUAUAUUUUUUCUUUUUCAACAUUCGUUUUCGAUAUAUUAGUGUCAGUGCUCAAGAGGAUAAGGCCUCUCCAGGAGAUCAAGAUCACGCUUCUCAGCAUCAACUUUUUGAUAUAUUUUGGGGAAAUCCAACGUGGCUCCAAAGCCAAGAAUAUUCUCUACAGUUUCGAAUUCCCCUUAUCCUCUAAGAAUCUUACGAUGUUUCAAAGGCUAAAAAUAAAUUUUUCACGGUGUGCACUUCUACUGUGGGAUUCUCAGUAGUAUCUACUUGAUGAAGGUCUUCAUGAUAACUUUCCCUGCUCCAGUGCAGCAUCUGUAAUGCAUAGUUCUUCGCAUCUGUCUUGUGAGUCGUAUGCAUUUAUGUUCCUCCGAUCACUCAACCAUGUCGUAGGAUGAAAGGUCCGAAUCGGCACGAGUGAUUGGUUGUAUACGUAGAAUUUUUGAUGAGCAUAGUGACCACGGAUGUUUUUUAUAUCCGUGAGUAGUAACAUCUUUUUCAUAUUUUUUAUGUAUUAGAUCAGGAUAGGGCUUCUUGCACAUCGUGAUUUUAACAAUUAGUUUAAAUAUAUACAGUUGUAUUAAUUAUUUGUAAAAUCAAAAUAUAUUCAGUAUAAAAGUUUGCAAAAGCAAAAUAUUCACAUCAAUAUCCAUAUGAAUAGAUAAAUUAUAAAUAAUUAUUAUUAAAAUGAU